GUUACUACAGGAUCUGGAUAUUCGGCCAUGGAAGCCCAGAUGGCUAUCAUGGACAUCCCAUUCAUGUCCUUCAAGCAGUUCUCCGAGCACCAGGAAGAUGUUGGCGUGGUGAUCGAGCAGAAGCUGUUGGAAGAAAUGCUGAGCGCCGGACAGGAGGAGAAGCGCCUGGCGGUGGAGGCCGGUGACAUCCUCCCUGAUGGCACGCCGUGGAUUACUGUUGUCGUGGACGGUAGCUGGGGCACUCGAAGCCACGGCCACAAGUACACGUCACAUGGCGGUAUGGCAGCUGUGAUCGGUCUGCGCACCAAAAAGCUCCUGUUUUACGGUGUGCGUAAUAAGUUCUGUAGUGUGUGUGCUCGGGCGGGCAGCAGCGCGGGGGCUCCAGCCCAUAAGUGCUUCCGGAAUUGGGUGGGGACGUCCACCGCGAUGGAGUCAGACAUCAUCAUUGAGGGCUUCAACCGUAGCGAAGAGAUGCACGGGGUGCGAUUCAUCGAGUUCAUAGGAGACGGCGACUCAUCCGUAUACAAGAACAUUCUGUCCUACGUAUCCUAUGGACGAAACGUUCGAAAAGUAGAAUGUGCAAACCAUGUCACGAAAUGCUUUACCUCCGCACUGUACGACAUAGCCAAACAAAACAAGGAAGCCAAAAAAGUCUUGUCAAAAGUCAGGAUCAGCCGCAUGAAAAUAUGUGUCAGAAAAAUGAUAAAGCACAGAGCACAGGAACGGAUGGAAUCCAAUGGUGAUAAAGAUCAAAGCGCCCGUACCUUGUCAUCAGAUGUAAAGAACGCCUCCUUUCAUGUUUUAGGACACCACAACAAAUGUUUACCAUAUUACUGCAAUGUAGUCAGCGGCAGUGUGGCAUGUCCUCCUCCUGAGACAGAGAUUUCUACAGAACUGAAAAUCUCGCUCCUCAAAGCGGCAGAUGUUGUGUGCAACAAAAGUAGAAGUCUUGUCGUUUACGACGCUACCAGCAACCUAGAAAACUUGAUGUCGCAGGUGGCAUCAAGUUUUCUGUUGUCUACCAGCAACAGAAAACUUGAUGUCGCAGGUGGCAAAAACCCUCGGCGGUAAACGGGUCAACCACUACCAGAAACGUGGGUACCAUGACCGCUGUGCCGCAGCAGCUUUAGCCUUCCAGUCCGGCAGCCAGAUGCACAUCGAUGUUUUCAAACAAAAAUAUCAAAAAAGUCCAACAAAGAUCAUGAAAAAAUAUGUCAAUGUCGCUCAAAAGAAACGUCUCCAACGUCCCAACGAUCCGGCCAAAAGGGUUAGCAGAUACGUCCGGCGUUCUCUCGCGGGGACAGAUGGGGACUACGGACCCAGCUGUGCAGCACCCGACUUAGAGGACCGCGAUAUUCAGCAAUAUCAGCUCAAAACAAAGGAGUUCUUAGACAACCUAGGAAGCACUGCUGUGGAGCGUGCCCAAAUCGCUGAGAACACUGCUGAUGACAAGGAAGAGUGGCACCGCGAGCGACGCAAACGCGUCACUGCGACAACCUUUCACCAAAUAGCGAAUAUGCGAGACUCAACGUCAAACAAAAACAUCAUGAACAGACUUCUUUACGAUACAACAAAAGAUUUAGAUACACCUGCUCUGCAGUAUGGCCGCGUCAACGAGGAGCUAGCUAUACAAGCAUAUGAAAAGCAAACAAACACUGAAGUGAAAAGACCAGUUGGGCUGGUAGUGCACCCGAAGCAUCCAUUUUUGGCCGCCACUCCUGAUGGAAUCGUUUCUGAUGACAUCAUAGUAGAAGUGAAAUGUCCCAAAAGUGCAGAGAACACUUCACUGGAAAGACUGGCUGCGUCUUCUAGUGGACUAACUAGUUUUUUUCUUGACGACAAACUUGAGCUAAAAAAGAGUCACCAAUAUUACACCCAAGUUCAGUGCCAGUUGGCUUGCACUGGUGCAAAGUUCUGUGACUUUUUUGUCUGGACACCAAACGAAACGUCAUGUCAGCGCAUAGCUGCUGACGAAACGUUCAUCGCAAACAGACUGGAAAAAGUGAAGGCAUUUUAUGAUGAGUGCAUCGUGCCUGAAAUGAUUGAUCCCCGCAAAGCACGACACAUGCCGUUCCGUGAGCGGUCAAGGUAUAGGGAGCCCAAGGGCAAAAACGUGAAGUAAAAAAAAACAUACAGGAUGAGGCAACUAGCCCUGUCACACAUCUAACAAGCUGAAACUUUUUUGUCACUCAUCCCAUCAUGGCAAAAAGGGUAAAAAAGGGAGCGAAUCACAACAGUGAAUGAGAAUUCGAUGUAACAUAUCAUUGGCUCAGAUGUCGACCACGCAUCAGCUAAGGUAAUUUCAGCAAUCGUGUCAAAACUGAAGCAUUCGCUCAGCAUCAUGCCGAUCUCAUUUUGUGCUCCUUGUUCUGUGUCAGUUUCGUGUCAUGUACGAAUGCAAUAUGUCAAUGCAUGCCAUGGAUGCAAUAUUAUGUACCGGUUAUACUGGUAUGUUUUCAUUGGCUUCGCCUCUGCACUGUGUCAGCAGAGCAGACGCCAUACUGGGGAUUUAUGUGUGAUGCAUCGCUGAUAUAUAACUACUGAGUACUGAUGCACUGUUUUAUCACUUUCCGUGAGUAUUACAAUACAUAGUAGUACUGGUUCUUCCUUCUUGGUCUUGAGCUUCACCAUGUGGUUGCUAUAUACCGAUACCACAUUAUUUGCCGACGUGUUGUGAUUGUGAUCGUUAUACAAAUGCAGCUUCAGAGUAGGUACUAUGCGAUUGUAAUAUUACUGACGUAUAGACAGACUGGCCACAAUCAAAUUCAAGCAUGCCAUCACAGCUCACAUGCAAUACCCAUGUUUAUUUAGGGUAGAAGGUAAAGUAGGUAUAGGCGCCAAGGUUGGUAGUUGGUAACCUGUGUAUCAAUAUACUACUUAUAUAACUAAUCUCAUUCAAUCCACCCACCAUCCGUAUUUUCCUCCGACAACCCCGAGUUCGCUUCUGUUCCGGCAGAGUUUCACGGCCACCGGCACACGCGGGAACCCCAGACCGUAAAUCACCGUGUGUUGACAGUCCCUCCCGCCGGUCGGCGCGACUCGCGGGUUUUAUUACAUGGGGGAACGGCAGGGACCGAGGCGGAGACCCAUACGACAUCUAGCGGCACUCCCUUGAACCAACAAAACCGUCAAAAAGUGGAUAUGAAUCGGGCUUAAUUCCAGUCACAGUUCAGAUACUUCUGAAAAGUAAACUUCAUUUUCGUGUGAAGAAAUGUUCUGUGCACAUUUCUAUGUAGCCGGUUUUUUAUUUUAUGCCUCACACAAAAACUGAAAGAUGAGCAAAGUUUUACUUUCAUUUUUUGCAACAUUGCAAAAAGAAAAUGGAAAAUCGGAGUACAUAGAAUUGUUGUCCACUUUGAGGAGAUGUGGGUGCCAUUCAUUUUUUGCGCCUAGUUUGAAUGACAUUUAAUGAAUUUCGGCUCAAACUUUUCAGUUUUUCCACCUUUAUCGUGCAAUAUCAACGUGAAUAUUGCACGGAAUCAGACAACUUGUCCAAAGUAGGCUUUGUAUACCCAUGGAGCAGGUACAUGCCAAAUUUGAGGCUAAUAUCUCUAUCGGUUUUCGAGAUAUUGCGGU